AUUUAAGAUUUGCAUUAAUGAUUUCAAGUUUAAAUGACUUUUCUUUAAUGCGUAUAUAUUUGUUAAAAACGAUUAGCAUACCUUACUUAAAAUCAAAUAGAUUUUUAAUGUCUAUGACUAUGUAUCGUUAAGAUAAAUGUGUCGUGACCGUAUUUAAUAAUAAUAUAGUGCACCUCAAUACGUCUAUCCCAUUACACGGUACGUUAAUUUAAUAGUGUUGACGAUUGACAUUCGAGAAAUUGAAACGCAAAACAAAAUAUGAAUAUUUCUUAUUGUAUAUUGUUCAGUCAAAAAUCAACAAAAUAUUAUAGUUGGAUAACUUUAUUAGGACAACUAACUAUUAAUAUUUUUAAUAAUAACUGUCCGAUAGUAAACCGAUCCCACGUCUUACCUUGUUGAGCAUUGUGCGUUUACAAUUUGUCAAGGGCACGAUAGGAAUUCAUAUUUUCACAAUCUCCAACGCAUUUAUUAUCUAUAUUAUACGUGUCUACCAUUUUUUCGUCUUUUAUUACUGUUUAUGGUUUUAAUUAGGUUUUUAUUCUUGAAAAUAACUUAAAACUUUCAUACCCCAUUUAAGAACAGUAAAAUUGUUUUGAAGGAGUAAAAAAUCACUUUUUUUGGCAUUGGUCCCUUUGCGGUUGACAGGUUAAACUAAAUUUAGCCGGAUUUAUCUUAUGCUGCGCUGCUGCACAUGCGAUGACACUUAAAAAAGAUGUAUUUACAUAAAUUGCGCUAUACCGAAGAAGGGGAUAAGGAAACGAACGGUUUUAUUGCUCUCAUCUAAAUAAACCCUCGCGUGGAGUGUCAUCCGCCUUGCGUAACCUCCCCGCGCCCACCCGUAACCACAAUAAUAGCAUAUGUUAUUCGUUAUAAAUUAUUAUAAUUUAUAGUACACGGGUAUGUAUAAUAUGUACCUACUUAUGAACUUGGUGAUGAUAAAAUUAGUCGUUACUGACAACUUACAAUGGAGAUGUACUAAGUUACGAAAAUCAAAUCUGAUCGACUGACGAAUUCUCUACCGAUUGGAAAUGUCUUCGAAUGCGUUUUAGUGAAAUAUAAUAUAAUAUAUAGGUACACACAUAACACGCUAUUCACUCGUACGCAUUUAAGUUUUGUGAAAGUAAAACACGUGCCUAUUAGCGCCAGGAGGUUUUACAUGCAUAUAAUAUACUCUUAGACAUACAUUAUUAUUAUAAAAUUAUUUUUAUUUGCGUAUUUCUUGUUAACGAAGGUGUUAACGGGGACACACCUGCGGCCGUACCAGCAACAGCAGCAGCAGCAGCAUUAGUUGCCGUUUCGUCUUGCGUUCUCGCACGCGUCGCGUCGGUUACGCGCGUAGCCGAAAACCCGGCGUACCCAAAAAAAUAUUAUGAUAAUAAUGAAAACCGACGCCCAUUCGCGCACGCACAAGAAUCAUAAAAAAUAAUAAUAUAUCAGCGCAUUGCGCGUAUUAUUGUUAUUAAACAAAUACGAUAAUAAUAAAUUGCGUUGUGCGUGAACGCCGCCAGUCCAAAGGCGACGUAAAAACAAAAAAACCUGACUACGACGACGAAAAAAUAACAUGUACGGCGGUAAAAGACGACUGUUCCUCCUGUGCCACCGCCGCCGCCGACGCAGUCGUACGCCACAUUCGCCUCGCGUUCUGAUCGCCGGUCGCGCGGCGCCGGCGGUGCACUUGCAGUGCUGCAGCGUAUCGCACCGCCACCGAAGCGGCCACGAUGUUAGCCGGCGCGCUUGACCGCGUGCUGCCGGGCCGCCGGCCGUACCUGCACCGGGUGAACGAUGGAACGACGCCCCGGCCGCCGUCGCGGUAUCCGGCCGCACGUUACCACGGCGGCGCGGCGGUCUGCCGCAGCGCCGCGAACGGCUGGAGGACGGACGCGAAAGUUGGCCGCAGGCCACGGUCGAAAUGCGGUGCGGUGGCAUCCCGGUCGGCGGCGGCGGCUUCGGCGGCGGUGGGCGGAUGCGUUCCGGGCCCCGAACCCGUACGAAAACGGACGCCGGCCACGACCACCUGCAGCAACGGCGGAUUCUCAAACGUUUCGCACACGUGGCGUUUCAAGCGGCUAAGUCAUGGUAGCAGAACGCCGGUGGAGAAACCGUCGGCCAAGUCAUCAGAAAUGGCUGAAAGCGGCAACGAGGCCGCAAUGGCUCCAGCUGCCAAAACAGGAUCAAUCAAAGUACACUUACCCAACAACGGAUUCAAUAUCGUUAAGUUCAUAGAUAACAUCAAUGUCAAGGGUAUCAUAUCUCUAGUUAUUGGACGUUUGGCUAAUGGAUGUCCUCAGUAUCAAGGCGUUUACGGAUUGCAGCUGUACCAUCCGUUAUCUGGCGAGGUUCACUGGUUACAUCAGGAUUGCACAAUGUCUGAGAUUUACCAAAAAUACGAUGAACAGUAUCCAAUGUCAGAAUGGAGAUUUGAGCUGCGCGUACGAUACUCGCCCGACGACAUGGAGGACCUGUACGACCGAGAUCGGUUUACUUAUUUCUUCUAUUACGAUCAAGUACGAUUCGAUUAUUUGAGAAAAAACGACCCGGCUACGCGAGUGGAUACGGAUAUAGCUGUACAGCUUUGCUGUUUACAAAUAAAAUGCUUUUUUCGGGAAGUUCCACAAAUGUCGUUGGAAAAGAAAUCCAAUUUGGAGUAUCUGGAACGCGAAAUCGGGCUUAACAAAUUUCUGCCCUACUAUAUACUGGAAUCGACGAAACCAAAGAAUUUACGAAAAAUGAUUCAGCAACAGUAUAAAAAACUUUUACAAACACCGGAAAAAGAAUGCGUACUACAAUUCCUCAAUAUCGUUUGGACGUUUUACAAAUACGACGAAGAGCAAUUCAAGUGUUCAAUCGGAUCUGGUUGGACAAUACCGGUAGAUUUAGUGAUCGGACCGCGACAUGGAAUAUCUUACAUCAAUAACCAGGGAUCAGCGCCCACCAAAAUGGCGGAUUUCGCUCACAUUGAAAACAUACAGACACUGGUGUCCGAAUGUGAAACACACCGUAAAACGUUAGUGCAGCUCCAAGUGACCGACUCGGCUGACCCUUUAGUGCUCAGCUGUUCGACGCUCGAGCACAUGUACAGCCUAGCCAAUUUGAUAGAUGGUUACUGUCAACUGGCGAGGAAAACGAAUAUUUCGUUAUGGAAUAAAAAAGCUGCCGUAUGGAACCGUUUUCCUUGUCCAUGUGAUUCUAAAGAUUCAGGAAAAACCAAAGCCAAAGUGCCCGCAAGGUUUUCCGAUGAUUAUCCUGACGAUGGUCCGAUCGAAGAAGAAGGCGAUUAUUCAACACUUGCUAAUUGUAAUUACGAGUUGUACCGCGAUCAAAUUGAAUUGGGUGAAAUCAUCGGAGAAGGUCAAUUUGGCGAUGUGCAUAAAGGAACAUGUCGCAUGCGUUCAACUAAAAAUAAGCCAGAAAACGCUGUAGCAGUAGCCAUAAAAACAUGUAAACCUGAUGCGGACAUGGCAACUACAGACAAAUUUUUGGAAGAAGCAUAUAUUAUGCAACAGUUUGAUCACCCACACAUCAUACGACUGAUCGGAGUUUGUUGUUCGCCACCCGUAUGGAUAGUCAUGGAAUUGGCUAAGCUAGGCGAAUUACGGGCGUACUUACAGAACAACCAGGCUCAUUUAGACUUAGCCACUCUUAUUCUGUAUUCGUAUCAACUUUCUACAGCUCUAUCGUAUCUUGAAUCUAAGAAGUUUGUUCACAGAGACAUCGCCGCUAGAAACGUAUUAGUGUCGUCACACCACUGUGUGAAGCUAGCCGACUUUGGUCUGUCGCGCUGGGUCCAAGACCAAAGCUACUACAAGGCGUCCAAGGGUAAACUACCAAUCAAGUGGAUGUCACCGGAGUCGAUCAACUUCCGGCGAUUCACCGCCGCUAGCGACGUCUGGAUGUUCGGCGUAUGUAUGUGGGAAAUAUUGAUGAUGGGCGUGAAACCAUUCCAGGGGAUCAAGAACAACGAUGUGAUCGGCAAAAUCGAGAAUGGCGAGCGGCUGGCGUUGCCGCCCAAGUGUCCGCCGAGGUUAUACAGUCUCAUGUCACAAUGUUGGUCGUUCGAGCCUAGUAAGAGGCCCACAUUCAAAGACGUUAAGGAAGUACUCAAUGAGAUAUUGAUUGAAGAGAGACACCAACAGAAGGAAACGCUUCGGAGGGAAAACCGCAGGGUGCACACUCUAUCUUGGGGAUCCAGCGGCUCUCUGGAUGACCCGUCGGCACCACCCAAACCUUCCCGUCAGCCUAGCGUAGACCUGCACAACAACAAGUCCGCGGAGCUACCCGUGUCCACUUACAUAGUAGCCCAAAACGCUGAAGUGCUCGCUCACCUGUUGAAGGAGAACGAGCAGCGGGGCGUCGUCAACCCGUCCGUGUACACAACCCCGGCAACCGGAUUCAACACGGUAACCGUAGAUUUCCUUAAUGACGUUGACGAUGACAAAACCAUUUCGGCCGGGAACAGUAUACUGAGCAUGGACUCUGUGGGACUUAUCCCGAUGGACGGUGGCAGCGGUGGUGGAAAUGUCGCCGUCCAGCCGUCAACUAACAAGACGUUGCCUAGGAAUUUUACUUCGGGAGCGGCUUCGCUACUAACACUACCGCCGAACUCGGCAGACAAGAGCAGGCGAUGUUCAGACGGCAGUCUGGGCACGUGCGCCGCCGCUGCUGCUGCUGCUACAGCGGUGACCGGUGGAGGAAUGAAUAUUGAUGAGGAAGCCAAACAUUUUGUAAACAACUCUGUUGGUAUAUAUGACAACGAACCCUUGUCUGAAGUAGAACAGCUGGAACGCAAGCUAAGACAACAACAAAUCGAGUCAGAGAAGGACAAUUUAUGGCUAGCUGAAGAAGAGACAAACUUAAAAAAACGACUAUCUUUAGUUGCCAGUGUGUCAGACAAUGAAUCUAUUGAUGGUAGAUCAUCGUUGACACCUCCUUCUUCCCUUGAUCGAAGUACCAAAACAAAACCUACAGAAGAUCGUAUUGUUGUAAUAAAAAAACUCGAACCUACACCAACAGCCGAUUUGGACAGAACUAAUGAUAAAGUAUAUGAGUGUACAACACUGGUUGUCAAAGCUGUUAUGGCCCUUUCACAAGGAGUUCAACAAAGUCAGACUGAUCGAUAUUUAGAACUAGUCAAGGAGGUUGGUCUCCAACUCAGAGCUUUAUUGACAAGUGUUGAUAGCCUGGUACCAUAUUUCCCUCAAAGUGCUCACAAACAGGUGGAAAUGGCACAUAAAGUUCUCAGCAAAGACAUGGCUGAGCUAGUCAAUGCCAUGAAACUUGCUCAAAAUUACUGUCACACUGCUGUCGAUUAUUUGUACAGCAAGGAAAUGUUGUCUUCGGGUCAUAUUUUGGCUAUGGAUGCCAAAAACCUGUUAGACGUUGUUGACUCUGUGCGCAUGCAAUAUCCUGAAGUAGAGGCAAUGAUCAGUGCCCGGCAGUCAGAGACAGCCAAAGAACAGCACCCUGGAGUAGCCGCCACUUCAUAGUAGUACAUUUUAUAGUAUGCAUUCCUAAUUCAUUACGCAUCUAUCAUACACCAAUAUUAUUGCAAUUAUUUAUUGUUUUUUUUUUUUUUUAUAUACAUAUAUAUAUAAUAAUAAUUAAUCGACUGC